AGUUGGCUGCGAAGAAUCCGCACGCAUCGCCAUUGGGCGGUUCGCUACCGCGGCGCGGCGGUUCCGUUACCGGAGGCAUGGCGGAUGCGUCUUUGACCUCGGCGGAGGCCAUCAUGGCCGAUGCCAAGGCCAUGUUUCCAGAUGCGACUUCUGCGUCGGAAGCUCUCGUUGGCUAUGAGGCCCCACGGCCCACGCAGAUGGUGAGCUUUCAACAGCAGCAGCUCUACAAGAGUAAGGCUUCCGAAGCUUUAGCCUUGGCCAAGGAAUCCUUAGUGUCUUUCCGCCGGGCGGGGGACAAGAAGAAGGUCGCCGCCUUGAAAGUGGUGGUGGAUGCUAACAUGGCAAUGGAAAGGAGUUUCGAUGCCAUGAUGGCUGCCAGUGAUGAGCUGGCCAUGAUCAAAAGAACUGGAGACAAGCAGGCAGAGGUGGAGGUGGCCGAGAUGUUGGCAGAGGUCCAGCUGUCGCGCGGCGACGCCGGCAGCGCCUCGCAGACGCUGAACGAUGCGCUGCAGCUCUACCGGGACCUGAAGCAGAAGGCUGGCGAAGCUAAGAUGCUCCUGUUGUUGGCUGGUCUCAAGCAGCGCGGCGGACGCAACAAGGAAGCUUUGAGUCUGGCUCAGCAGGCCCUGGGUCUUUUCAAGGAGCUGGCCGACUCCUCAAAGAGCGAGGAUUGCCAGCGGAUCAUCAACAGGGCGUACGCGGAUAGUGGCGAGAUGGAGAAAGCGCCCAAUCGCAACGACGCCCUGAAGGCUCUCGAGGACUUGUCUUCAGCAGUGGAAAACCAGGAUAAGAAUCUCUGGAAGACGGCCAUAGCCCAGCUGAACAAGAGCUCUGCCUACACCCAGCAUGACGUGCAGCAAAUUUUUGGCGCGGCGUUGAAGAAGGACCGCCGCGCUGCAGCUGGAUUUCUGCAGCAAAUGGGUGUGCGCUCAAAAGGUAGCGCCCCCGAGCUUCUCAUCCGUGAGGUGACGAAGGUCUUCACCUAUGUGGGCUUCCGCGUGGGCGGCUUGGGCUACGGCCCGCGAUUCAGGUGUCUGCAGCCGACCCACGGGCUCAUGGUGGAGGGCGACCCUUCAAGCAUGCACGCAUUGGGAUGCAUGAGGAUCGCAGAGGAGGCAGAUGAUUGGGAGAAGGAAUUGCAGUACCAUCCUGGCAUUUUGGAUGGAUGCUUGCAAUCGCAGAGUGCACUUGGCUGAAGCUGAGCCAAAAUGCACAGGAGCUCUGAGCUGCGGUUGAGAACUGGCUAUGGAUGCAUUGGAAAAGUCCAAGUUUCUUGGGCCUCACCUUAGAUCCCCAGUAUCGAAGAAUGACAAGU